GGCCCGCGCUCACUAUUCAGGAAACUGCCGGGCGCCAUCGCCGUAGCGUAGUCACCGACCGGGAGGCGCGGGGCAGGCGCGGAGACUGCGUGGCGCAGGCGCAGUGCGGAACUUCUUCUGGGUCCCCAGACAGCUGGAGGAGAUAAACAGAGGAGGAGGGAGGGGAGUGCGUGUGUGAGAGCGCGCGAGGGAGUGUGAGUGUGUGUGAGCGCGGGUGUGAGGCGGUGCGCAGGGGCGGGCGGAGGCGCUGUCCGGCCCCGGCCAGGCGCCGGGCGGGGAGCAUGGGAAGAGGCUAGAGCUGCUCGGGUCCCCAGCCCCCUUCCCGGGAUCCGCAACCCUGCUCCCGGGAGAGGGGCCGGGCCCCCUGGACCGACAUGGGCUCCUGAAGUUGCUCCGCUGCUGGUCCUGGGAAGAGACCUGACAGGUAAUUAAAUGCUUGUCUUGUGGACCUGGGCUUGGCUGGAAUGUGCAAGGGUCUUGAAGAUCCUUCUAUAGCUUCCUUCUGUUGAACCAUUAAGAGAAGAUGGCAAAAGUCAAUAUAACUAGAGACCUCAUUCGUAGGCAAAUUAAGGAGCGGGGUGCCCUGAGCUUUGAGCGGCGAUAUCAUGUCACUGACCCUUUUAUCCGGCGGCUGGGCCUGGAAGCAGAGCUUCAGGGUCACUCGGGAUGUGUCAACUGUCUGGAGUGGAACGAGAAAGGAGACUUGCUGGCUUCUGGCUCCGACGACCAGCACACCAUCGUGUGGGACCCACUGCACCACAAGAAGCUGCUCUCCAUGCACACAGGACACACAGCAAACAUCUUCUCUGUCAAGUUCCUGCCGCAUGCUGGAGACCGAAUCCUGAUCACGGGGGCAGCUGACUCCAAGGUGCACGUCCAUGACCUGACGGUGAAGGAGACGAUCCACAUGUUUGGAGACCAUACAAACCGGGUGAAGCGCAUUGCCACGGCACCCAUGUGGCCUAACACGUUCUGGAGCGCUGCUGAGGACGGGCUCAUCCGCCAGUAUGACCUUCGGGAGAACAGCAAACAUUCAGAGGUGCUGAUUGACCUAACAGAAUACUGUGGCCCGAUGGUGGAGGCCAAGUGCCUCACUGUCAAUCCCCAGGAUAACAACUGCCUGGCCGUAGGGGCCAGUGGGCCCUUUGUGAGGCUCUAUGACAUUCGAAUGAUCCAUAACCACAGAAAGAGCAUGAAGCAGAGCCCUUCGGCGGGUGUGCACACCUUCUGUGACCGGCAGAAGCCCCUUCCGGACGGUGCAGCACAGUAUUAUGUCGCAGGUCACCUGCCGGUGAAGCUGCCUGACUAUAACAGCCGCCUGAGAGUGCUGGUCGCCACUUACGUGACCUUCAGCCCCAAUGGUACAGAGCUGCUGGUCAACAUGGGAGGAGAGCAGGUGUACUUGUUUGACUUGACUUACAAGCAACGGCCAUAUACCUUCCUCUUGCCUAGAAAAUGUCACUCAGUGGAAGUCCAGAACGGCAAGAUGUCUACUAAUGGCGUGUCGAACGGCGUGUCGAACGGCCUGCACCUUCACAGCAACGGCUUCCGGCUGCCAGAAAGCAAGGGGUGUAUCAGCCCCCAGGUGGAGCUCCCCCCAUACCUGGAGCGCGUGAAGCAGCAAGCCAACGAAGCCUUUGCCUGCCAGCAGUGGACGCAGGCCAUCCAGCUUUACAGCAAGGCUGUGCAGAAGGCCCCUCACAACGCCAUGCUCUACGGAAACAGGGCUGCUGCCUACAUGAAACGCAAGUGGGACGGCGACCACUACGAUGCCCUCCGGGACUGUCUCAAGGCCAUCUCCCUAAACCCUUGCCACCUGAAGGCACACUUCCGUCUGGCCCGGUGCCUCUUUGAACUGAAGUAUGUGGCCGAGGCUCUGGAGUGCCUGGAUGACUUCAAAGGGAAGUUCCCAGAGCAGGCCCACAGCAGUGCUUGUGACGCACUGGGCCGGGACAUCACAGCUGCCCUUUUCUCCAAAAGUGAUGGUGAGGAGAAGAAGGCAGCUGGCGGCGGUGGUCCAGUUCGCCUCCGAAGCACAAGCCGCAAGGACUCCAUCUCCGAGGACGAGAUGGUGCUACGGGAGCGCAGCUACGACUAUCAGUUCCGCUACUGUGGCCACUGCAACACCACAACGGACAUCAAGGAGGCAAAUUUCUUUGGCAGCAAUGCUCAGUACAUCGUCAGCGGCUCUGAUGAUGGCUCCUUCUUCAUCUGGGAAAAGGAGACCACCAACCUAGUCCGAGUGCUCCAGGGAGAUGAAUCCAUUGUCAACUGCUUGCAGCCACACCCCAGCUACUGCUUCCUGGCUACCAGUGGCAUCGACCCUGUUGUGCGAUUGUGGAACCCACGACCAGAGAGUGAAGACCUCACGGGCCGAGUCGUGGAGGACAUGGAGGGUGCCUCUCAGGCCAACCAGCGGCGCAUGAAUGCCAAUCCCCUGGAGGCGAUGCUGCUGGACAUGGGCUACCGGAUCACAGGCCUGAGCAGUGGGGGCGCUGGGGCCUCCGAUGAUGAGGACAGCGCAGAGGGCCAGGUGCAGUGCCGGCCCAGCUAGAUGCUCCUAGCCCCAGUCCCCAGCCCUGUGCAGGAGAUCAGAGGGCUGGGCUCUGUUUUGGUUUGUCUUUCCCACCCCCAUUUUUCAUUUCCCCUGUUUUGUUUGUUAGUUCGACAUUGUGGGUGGGGAUUGCUGCAACUUGCUGGCUUUCAGACUCUCGGGCUGAUUGUCCCUUGACUGUCCACAGCCCUGAGCAGAAAAGCAGGGGGGGAAGUCCCUCCGUAUGCCCUUACCUCCUGCUUCCGUGUCUCUGGAAGGCUCUGGCCCUCCUCAAAACCCCUUCCGCCUCCAGUGGGGAGGCAAGAGCUGAA